AAAGGAAUGAAUUCAUUUAACAUCUCUCUUCUUGUUAGAGCAAACGAGGCCCCUGAGAGCUCCGCCUAGUUCGCAGGCUGAAAUCCCACCGCAGAGCCCAGAGUCAGCAAUGGCUAAGCCCCAGGUGGUCGUGGCUCCGGUGGUGAUGUCUAGGCUGUCCGCCAACGCCCCCGAAUUCUACCCGUCGGGUUAUGCUGCCUACGCGGAAUCCUAUGAAGAUGGUUGUGAGGAUUACCCCACUCUGUCAGACUACGUUCAGGAGUUUUUGAAUCAUCUUACAGAGCAACCUGGCAGUUUUGAAACUAAAACUGAACAGUUUGCAGAGACCCUGAAUGGCUGGGUUACAACAGAUGACAAUCUGCAAGAACUUACGGAACUCGUCUACCAACAAGCCACAUCUAUCCCAAAUUUCUCUUACAUGGGAGCUCGCCUGUGUAAUUACCUGUCCCAUCAUCUGACAAUUAGUCCACAGAGUGGCAACUUCCGCCAAUUACUACUUCAAAGAUGUCGGACUGAAUAUGAAGUUAAAGAUCAAGCUGCAAAAGGGGAUGAAGUGACUCGAAAACGAUUUCACGCAUUUGUACUCUUUCUGGGAGAACUUUAUCUUAACCUGGAGAUCAAGGGAACAAAUGGACAGGUUACAAGAGCAGAUAUUCUCCAAGUUGGUCUGCGUGAAUUGCUAAAUGCCCUCUUCUCCAAUCCAGUGGAUGACAACUUAAUUUGUGCAGUAAAAUUACUAAAGUUGACAGGGUCAGUUUUGGAAGAUGCUUGGAAAGAAAAAUUAAAGACUGACAUGGAAGAAAUUAUUCAGAGAAUUGAAAAUGUUGUCUUAGAUGCAAACUGUAGCAGAGAUGUAAAACAGAUGCUCUUGAAACUUGUAGAACUCCGGUCAAGUAACUGGGGUAGAGUACAUGCGACUUCAACAUACAGAGAAGCAACACCUGAAAAUGAUCCUAACUACUUUAUGAAUGAGCCAACAUUUUAUACACCCGAUGGCGUUCCCUUCACUGCAGCUGACCCAGAUUACCAAGAGAAAUACCAAGAAUUACUUGAAAGAGAGGACUUUUUUCCAGAUUAUGAAGAAAACGGAACAGAUUUAUCAGGGGCUGGUGAUCCAUACUUGGAUGAUAUUGAUGAUGAGAUGGACCCAGAGAUUGAAGAAGCUUAUGAAAAGUUUUGUUUGGAAUCAGAGCAUAAGCGAAAACAGUAAAGUUAAAUUUCGCCGUAUCAGUUUUAUAAAAGUUUAGGUAUGAUGACUUAGCAAAACCCGAGAAAGCGAGAUCAUGUGUCAUACUUAUACCAAAUUAAGGCUGUUGAGCUAUGUUACUAAUGUAUGCAACUUCAAUUUUGUUUAACAAUAUCUGCCAAAAUAAACUUUAUUCCCUAUAACUUAAAAUGUGUAUAUAUAUAAAAUAGUUUAUUAUGUACAGUUAAUUCUACUGUUUUGGCUGCAAUAAAAUCAUUUUGAAAUAAAUGAAAUGUUGAAA